UCCACACGUGUGACCACACGGCGGCUCUUAUUCUGAAGGAACUGAACGGAAACGCCUCACGUCACUUCCGUGUCAAUAUCUAAAGCGCGGGUUUGUAGUUUACUUGUUAAAACUCCGAAAUCCUCGAGCAUGGAUGGCGUUUCCGUGGAGAGUUUGAUCCUGAAGCUCCAUGACGUGAACGCGGUGAAGUUCGGGGAGUAUAAGCUGAAGAGCGGCCUGAUGACGCCGAUCUACAUCGACCUGAGGGUCCUGGUGUCCCACCCGGGACUCAUGAACCAGGUGUCCAGCCUCAUCUAUCAGCGCGUGAAGGAGGAGGGCCUUCAGUUCGGUUUGGUGUGUGGCGUUCCGUACACGGCUCUUCCUCUGGCCACCAUCAUCUGCUCCACGCACGAGCUGCCCAUGCUCAUCAGGCGGAAGGAGGCCAAGGACUACGGAACCAAGAAGAUGGUGGAGGGCUCGUUCUGCGAGGGGGACACGUGUCUGAUCAUCGAGGACACGGUGACCAGCGGCAGCAGCAUCCUGGAGACGGCGGACGUGCUCCUUAAGGAGGGACUGAAGGUGACGGACGCCGUCGUGUUGAUGGACAGGGAGCAGGGCGGCACGGAGAUGCUGGCGUCCCGAGGAAUCCGCCUCCUGCCCGUCAUCUCCAUGUUCAAGCUGCUGGACGUCCUGCUGGCCGCCGGGCGCAUCGACGGGCCGACGGCCGAGAGCGUCCGCAGGUUCAUCCAGGACAACAACACCUUCAGGCCCAAGAAGGAAAACGGCGGUGCGGUUCCAGCCCCCAAGAAGGCGUGUCUGGACCUGAAUCGGGAGCAGAGCUAUGCUGAGCGAGCCCAGUUACCGAACGUCCAUCCUCUGGCCUGUAAGCUCCUGAAGAUCAUGGAGGAGAAGCAGAGCAACCUGUGCGUUUCUGCUGACGUGACGAGCGGCGAGGAGCUGCUGCGGCUCGCCGAGUCGCUCGGCCCAAAGAUCUGCGUUCUGAAGACCCACGUGGACAUCCUGAAGGACUUCACGCUGGACUUCAGCCAGAAGCUGCAGGCUGUGGCCGACCAGCACAACUUCCUCAUAUUUGAGGACCGCAAGUUUGCCGACAUCGGAAACACCGUCAAGCACCAGUAUGAAGGCGGCGUUUACCAGAUCUCCUCGUGGUCCCACAUCGUCAACGCCCACGCCGUCCCGGGACCCGGCGUGGUCCGGGGCCUGAGCGCGGUGGGGAAGCCUCUGGGCCGCGGCUGCCUGCUCAUCGCUCAGAUGAGCUCCAGCGGCUCCCUGGCCACCGGCGGAUACACCACGGCGGCGGUGCAGAUGGCGGAGGAGCACUCGGACUUUGUGAUGGGGUUCAUCUGCUGCUCCAAGGUCACCCAAAACCCCCAGUUCAUCCACAUGACCCCCGGGGUGCAGCUGGAAACUGGAGGAGACGCUUUAGGCCAGCAGUACGCCACCCCGGAGGACGUGAUUUGCAGGAGAGGCUCUGACAUCAUCAUCGUGGGACGCGGCAUCCUGGAGGCCUCUGAUAGGCUGAAGGCCGCCGAGUCGUACCGGCGGGCGGGCUGGGACGCCUACAUGAAGGCCAGGAGCAGCCAGUGAGGUGUCGGAGAUCAUGUGGCCACGCCUCCAACAAAUCAGCUGCUGUGGUUUCCCGCCGUCGCGGCUCAGCCUGGUUCGUCACGUCCCAGCAGGACUGCAGAAGAAGUCGCUGAUUCCUGCUGUCAGACUGUGAUCACUCAAUCUAGUGAUAUUUUUGUGGAGUUGUGUGAAUUUCCUGCUCCGUUUCUCCUUAGGGUCCAGACAUUUCCUUCCUCCGUUAAAAAGAUGCAAUCAGUGUUUUCUCCGCCUCUUUCGUGUGUGAAUGUUUGAUUCUUCUUUGAUCAUCCGUGUUGGAUCAGCAGGUCUUUGGUGCAUGUCUGCUCCUCCUCCUGGUCAUCUGUCGGGGUCAAAGGAGGGUCAUGGAAGGUCAUGGAAGGCGUGAGUGCAUGUGUCCCAGGAUUCAUGCGUGUGAUGUCCUCUCCCUCAGAUGAUGACAUCCAGACUGUCAGAGUGCCGUCCGUGUUCUUCAUGAAAAACUGAAAACAAGCUGUUGAAUAAACUCUUUUCUGUACUUU